AUGUUCGUGCUGUAUGAGAAUGAAAACUGUGAGGUCCCGGUGGCAGCCAUUUGCCUCAGCGCUGACUCGGCGGUGGCAGAGAAGCUUGGCAUCAACUGCAGCUGCUUCUCGGUAGAGCAGCGUGACUUCAGCAGCCGGACAUUGUCAGAGAGGAAGCUGUGGCUGCGAGCGAUUUCCAACAUCAAGGUCAAGCUUGCAAAUGCAGCACCAACACCAUCGUCUGAAGACUUGGAACACUAUCGCCAGGCGGUCAAGGAGCAACUGCACGAGAUUCGCGGGUCUUUGCAGUGCAAGGUACGCACAGAUGCGCUGCUGCCUCCAAGCAUUCACAACACGUUCCAGUCGACCGUGUCCCCGUUCAACGUGGACCUUUGGGCAGAAAUUUUAGGUCAUCACCAAGGCCAGUCAGAGGACCCAGGCGAUGAGGUGCCACCAGAAAGAUCGCCCUCGCCUGGCCUUUAG